AUGGGAGAUCACGGCAAUCGUUAUGGACCUUUAUUCAUGACAGGAUAUGGACAAAUCGAGACUAGAAUGCCACUUUUUAAUAUUCACGUUCCUUCUCAAUUACUUAAAAAGCAUAAACAUUUGGGUUAUUAUUUAAAGAUGAACGAGAAAAGGUUAACUACUUGGUUAGAUGUUAGGGAAAUGUUGAAAGACAUUGUUUCAGAACCAAUCGUUCAUCCAUCUAAACGUGCCGCUUACUCUGUUUGGCGAGAAGAAGUUCCUUUAGAUAGAACCUGCAAAGACGCCUUGAUUCCCGUAGAGUACUGUUUAUGUUUAAAAAGACACAAUUUCCCGGUUGAUUCACAAUUAGCUCAAAUAGUAUCGACUGCGUUAGUCGCUCGACUCAAUCAAGCUUUAUCAGAGCUAAUCGAUCUCUGUCAUGAGCUUUUUCUCAAAGAUAUUUAUAAUGCCGAAGUUGCUCGAUUACCUGGAGAACUCAAUCCAAGUAAUCGUGUUGAAGUUACUCUAUCCGCUAAUCCUUCCAAUGGAACUUUUCAAGCGUUGCUUUAUUUAAAAAAUACAACAAAUUUGGACAACUCAGGUAUUGAUGAUUGGAUGCUUGAAGGAGAUGUUUCGAGACUCGAUUUCUAUGGUAAUCAAUCAUUAUGCAUCAACGAUAGAGUUCUUCGGAAAUACUGUUACUGCCGUGAAGGUAUACAGCCCUGAUGUCUAUAACUCUAACAAAAAUACCGUUCGGUACUUAAUUUCAAUUGAUUAAAAUGAAGUUUGCUAAUAAUCGUCCCAAUCUAUAAAGCAAG